CUGUAACCUUGCUCAGAAAUAUAUUACAACAUAUCCCAAUGGACUCACCAUCCUCCGCAAUUGCGAACCCUCCCCAGGUUGGCAGGGCCCGUCUUGGGUACCCGAUUGGUCAACAAAAGCAAGCUUCUUUUGGAGACAUCAUACCUGCGCAUCCUCACAGAUUCAAGGCUGGUUCAAGUUCCCGAAUGCUGGAACCAUCCGGGUUCUUGCAGCAUCAGUAACAGUCGUGAAGGACAUGCGCUCGGUACCUCAAUUCUACACCCGCAAUUGGGAAAUAGGCGCCGCUUUUCUGUGUAGCAUUGCAGAUCCAUCUUGUCAAACCACGUCGUAUCCCUCUGGGGGAUCGCUCAUGCGUGCAAUCGCCAGAACAAUCGUGGCCGGCGCACUUUCUGAAUUCACGCAUGUACAGGAUGGCACCUAUCCUACAACAGAGAUUGCAGAAUCGGUUUUGACCAACGUUGUUUCUGGAGUAGCUCUUGUAGAAAAAGACCAGAACAUGGGAAGUGACGCGCAAAGGUUCUUCAAGAGAAUGGACUGGGGAUCGGGCGGGAAGGCCUUCAUCCGGGGCACAGGCGAAUACGUCGGCGUGGUGCCUCCCUCAACAAGAGUCGACGAUGAGAUAUUCGUUAUAGUGGGCUGUCAGCAGCUCCUCGUGUUGAGAAAACAUUCCGGGGGUAAUGAACGGUAUUCUAUAGUCGGCGAAUGCUAUGUGGAAGGGUGUGCGCGGGGGGAGCCUCUCCUGGGGAGAUUGCCGGAUCACGUCGGGUUCAGCAUAAUUCGAAACCGGAGUAUGGUUGGAGAGUCGCGACGUUUCAGAGAUUUGAGGUCUGGAGACUUAUUCUGCGAGGAUCCACGUCUUGGAAGUCUCGGAGUCGAGCUUGAAGAAUUCCGUGCCAGGCUUGCUAAGGAUCCCGAAGCAAUGCUGGACGUAGCGCCUGAAGUAUUGCGGGCGCGUAUAAAGGGCUUGAAGUAUAUUGACCUAGUUUAGCUCUAUGAACACCAGCUUCUAAUCAAAUGCACUACUUAGGUAGUAUCCUUGUG